UUAAAUCUUUGAGGAAGUAAAAACAAAGUGAAUUAUCAUUAUUUUUUAUUUAUUUUUAUUAUUUUUUUAACCGGUGGAGGCGGCGUGACCACGGAGAAUGAGACUGAGAGAAGCUGCCAGGGCUUGGAGGAGGAUAAAGCUGAGUUUAAGCUGGAAACUAAAAGACUAGAUUGUUAUUUGGUACAACUUGCCCGGUUCCUCUCCACUUCCUUUAGUUUCGCUCCAUGGACAGAUCAACAAACCUGGACAUUGAGGAGCUCAAGAUGACACGAGAACAAUACAUAUUAGCGACACAGCAGAACAACUUGCCAAGAAGUGAAAAUGCACAACUUUACCCAGUGGGAAUUUAUGGCUGGCGAAAGAGGUGCUUAUACUUCUUUGUCCUUCUGCUGUUGGUUACCAUGAUAGUUAACUUAGCCAUGACAAUAUGGAUAUUGAAAGUUAUGAAUUUCACUGUGGAUGGUAUGGGAAAUCUGAGAGUCACCAAGAAGGGAAUCCGACUUGAAGGUAUAUCUGAGUUUCUACUUCCAUUGUAUGUGAAAGAAAUUCAUUCCAGAAAGGAUAGCCCACUGGUCUUACAGUCUGACAGGAAUGUAACAGUGAAUGCAAGAAAUCACAUGGGGCAGUUAACUGGACAGCUGACAGUAGGAGCGGAUGCUGUGGAAGCUCAGUGUAAAAGAUUUGAAGUGAGAGCCAGUGAAGAUGGCAGGGUGCUGUUUUCUGCAGAUGAAGAUGAGAUUACCAUUGGGGCUGAAAAGCUGAAAGUUACAGGCACCGAAGGAGCAGUAUUUGGGCACUCGGUGGAGACACCUCAUGUCAGAGCAGAACCAUCUCAAGAUCUCAGGCUUGAAUCACCUACCAGAUCCUUGAUUAUGGAAGCUCCUCGUGGGGUCCAGGUGAGCGCUGCUGCAGGUGACUUCAAGGCUACCUGCAGGAAGGAGCUGCAUUUACAGUCUACAGAGGGGGAGAUAUUUUUAAAUGCAGAUACCAUCCGGCUGGGAAAUCUACCGACCGGCUCCUAUUCAUCUUCUUCAACCAGCUCCUCAAGUACCCGACAGACAGUGUACGAACUCUGUGUCUGCCCCAAUGGCAAACUCUACCUUUCUCCAGCAGGGGUAGGUUCCACUUGUCAGUCCAGUAGCAACAUCUGCUUGUGGAGCUGAAGUGACUGAUUUCUCCUCACACCAGAAUAGCCUUUUGUUCCUGUCCGUCUGCUUCACACUUCUGCUCGGUUUCCCUUGUGAUCAGUCCAGAACUUCUUCCGAUGGUCCACAGAGCGACUUCUUGCAGUGUAAGCAGGGAUCCGCCACCACCUUCUCUUGUGACUUACCAGACUGCUAAACACAGAGAACGUGAGUGACAUAGCAGUGGAAACGUCAUCUUCAACAGGAAAGCUGGAUCAUAACUUUUGCUCAAAAGGGAGAAUAACAUAGGUGCCUUUGCUACAUGAAGUGAAGCACACAGUUUUAGAUUUUUGCAGAACCUGGAUAUGAACUGCACAUAAAUAUACAUCACAUAGAUGAAAUUCCCAGUAUCCAAUGGCAAGAUGAAAUGGUUAACCCUGUAAGAAAACUAAUUCUACAGUUUGAAAGCACAAUUUUCCAUUCAUCUUUUUGGAUGUAAACUUUUAUCCCCGAAUUUUAAAAUUUUGAAGCAUUAUGUAAUGCUUGCUUUACUAAAAAUUAAAUUCGAUACAUGAUUUUUAACAAAACAAAAGAAGACAGAAUCCCUCCCUGAGUUUUGUUUCUUUAAAUCCAAUGUGUUGUUACUCUUUGUCUACUAAGUCUAGAAUUUUGUACAUUAGGUAAUUUUGAAAGCACUCAGCAAUAUAAUCUUUACAGAAUUAACAAAAUGCCAUUAUCCUAUCAUUUGUCAUAUCUGGAUGGCCUUAUAUAGUAUUUACUUGGCUAUUGCAUGUGACGUAUUUGCUUUUAACAAAACAUCUAAUUUAUUGCAAGAUAAGAUAGGAUUAAGAGGGAAAUAUCAAUGAUGUGGAAUCCAUAGAUCAUUUCCUUAAAAAUUCAUAUGCUACCCUUUACACCUAAAUUUUAAUAGUACAGUUUUUGUUUGCUCCAUUCACUUUAUACUUGACUUGGAUUGCUAAAAUUAAAAACAUCCUCUAAAUAAAUACUAAUAUGAUGUAUAAUGCUGAGAAUGGAUUCACUUUCCAUUGGGAUAUCAUCUUUAGAGUUUUCACUUUUUAAAAUUGAAGGUUUAAGGAGAUUAUAAAUUAAAUAAAAAAAUUCUGACUGAACACUACAAAAGACAAAUGUUAAUAAACAUUCUGAAAGUGUUGUUUCCUCUUUUAGAUUCAUAUUUUAAGAAAUUUAGUCACAUUUAUAUUCAGUUGCAAACAUUUAGUCACUUUUAUUAAAAUGUCAAGCUACCCUGACCUCAGAAAUCUAGCUCCUUCCAUUCUUCACUGUUUUUUUUUUUGUAAAUUAGCUUCUAAUAAAUAAUUCCAGAAUAAUGUAGAUUUGUUUAUCAUAAUACUCCUUAACUCAAAUUCUUGCAACCUACAGAAUCCAAGAAUGUAAAUCUAUAUUAAAUAUUUCCUAUUAUGGGAAGAUGACUUAAUUACUGUAAGGUAAGUUCUUCAUUUUCACACAUCAAUCACUCUGUUCACCUCUAUACACACUAUUAACAAAUAUGCUCAAGUUUCAUUUUGGGGGUUCUUGACUGUUUCCAUAUGAAGGAGCAAAAUGGGAGACUGUAAUUUAUCAAAGUAAUUUGGUUGUGAGAAAAUCGGGUAACAAAAUCAUCAAAGUGAACUAUUUGGUCAGAAUUAUCUUGUCUGGAUAGUAAAUCAUUUCUAGUAAUUGAAAAAAUUCAAUUUCACUAAAUGCAUUCUUACUCAACGGAAGGGUCUGGAAUUCAGCUAUUUCAAUGUUAUUGUUUUUAAAUACAAAUUUAUCUGCAUUUGAGGGUUAUUAUAUAAGUCUUUAAAUCAAUAUUGAAAUAAGAAUUAUGACAUACAAUUGCUUAAAAAUUUACAACAGUUUUUGUUGAAACAUUAGAAUUUUGUAUGAGAAAUUCACACAAUUAAGUCUUUGGAAAAUACUCGAAUUAUAACACAAGAAAUUUUGAGAAAUUAUGGGUGCUAAUUACUAUAUUAUGUCAAGCAAAACAUUUUUCUUUGAGACAUAUUUGAGCUUUAGUCAUCUAACUUAAAGUAAUUAAGAAGUUUCUUAGUCAAAGGGGUACAAUUCUAUUGAUGAAUAAUUGGCCCUAUUUCUAAAAUCUUCUACUAAUAGUUGAGCUGACAUAAGCAAUCUGAGAAUACCUGCAGGAUUCUGUUUACUUAACAACAAAAACAUUAAAUGUCUUCUGAGGUCCCUUCCAGCUCUAAGAUGUUCUAGUUAUCAGAAAAAAAAUAUUAUAAAAGGUACAGGGGAACACUGAAAAUUUAAAUUACAUAUCAUAAGUGAUGAGAAGUUGACAAGUAUGAUCAGAAGAAGGGAGAUAGAAACCAACUCCAGGGGAAAGACUGUCAGAUUUUCAAUUCAAAAUUAUAAUAAAAAUACAGAUAGAAUUCAAAAGUAUAGACCCAUUUGAGAGAUUUAGAUUAUGCCCAGAUGAUAUAAAAAUAUUUGUUCAGUUUAAGAGAAAAAAAAAAUUGAUACAGAGUUCUUUCUACACAUCACUAAUUUGUUGGAAUUACAUGACUGUUUUACAUUUCUCAGGAUCUAAGAUGCAGUCUGAGUUCAGGCUUCUGUUAAAAAUCUUAGAUGAUUGACCCUAGUAGUACUUCAUUUCCUAAUGCAAAUGACUUGUUUCUUCCUUGACACAUUAGGUCCCUCAAUUACAGAUUACCCAAACAGAUUCAUUAUCUAUUAACAUUUUUUUAAGUUAGAGCAUAUGUACCUAAAAUUCAGUUUACUUGGAUGAUGCAAAUUUCAUCUUCUCUAAAUCACACUCAGAAAAGUAAAUCCUUUAAAGUAUACUACAUGAACCCUACUCAGCUGUAAUAGUUUAGCUUAGAAAGUCAGGAAAAAAAGAAGAAACAAAGGGGUUUGGGAGUAUUCUUGGCCUUUAAAUUAUUUGCCAGAAAUGGAUAAAUGAAAUGUAUUUGAGUUCAGUUUGGGCGGGUCAAAAAGACAAAAAGAAGACAUAUUAUUUUUUUUUCCCCUUUCCGGAUAUUUCAAUAAAACACUUCAAAAAAUAACAGCACUUCUAAAUUUCCUGAUUAUUUUAAUCUAAUUUCUACACUGUACUUUUUGGUUCUAUUUUUUUCAUAUUUUAUUAUGCACCAUAAAUUUCAUAAUCUGCUAUAUAAUUAUUUAUCUUAAGAAUUUUAGACAAUUACAUACUUCAAAUUUUAAUGUUAACUUGGAAACCUUUAUUUACACUACCCCAAAUCUCUGAAAAUGAAGUCAGGAAUUUCAAUUCUGGUUUUAGCCCUAGCUGAUCAUGUAAACUUCCUUAAGAAAUAUAUUUAAUUCUCUUGCCAGUUUACUUAUCUCUGAGAGGGAUAUUUUAAAUGAGGUGUUUUCCUUGGUCACUUUUAUUCCUGAAUUUUAAUGGUUCAUUUUAGAAAAGACUCAGCCAAUCUUCAGCCUGGUUUAAACUAGCAUUUGUGAUCAUCACAUGUUCAUUAAAGAGAUGCUAAUAAAUGUUGAAAUACGAAUCUUUUCAUCUCCCAACCUUUUCAUCCUGUUCUCCAUUUUUCGCUCUUACUAUUUGUACAUUGAGGUCACUUUGAGAAAAUCAUGUUUGAUUGACUGUCUUCAAGAAUACAGUUCAUAUUAAAAAGGAUAAGUGUGUAUUUGGGUCUCAUUCAAAAUAACUCUUUAGGAAGUUAAUAGAACUAUUUACCAAUGUAAGCAUUCUGUCAACUGUUUUGUUUUUAUCUCCAUCAUGCUAAAAGGAAUUGGUUUUUUGAAGAAAAGAUCUUUUUAUCACUAAAGUCAAUUGCUGAGCUUUUUAUAAUGUGUUAUGUCAUUCAAAAUUUCUACAUACUCUACUACUUUAAUGGUUCAAUUGGACAGUGCCUCGUAGAAAAAUAAAACUCCUAAUGAAUUAUGCCAUUGCCAACAUGCUAUCUCUGUAUGAGGCAGUAAUAAUCUGGAGAGUUUCUAAUGCAUAUAAACAUUAUAUUUUUAUAUCAGAUAAUAUCAAUAUCAUAAUAUUAAAGUAUUAAAAUAGUUGAAGAUAUUUAAUGAUCAAAUUCUCUCUACAACUAUCAAAGCCAAACUCAUUUAAGUUUCAUAUGAGUGAGAUCUUGUCACCUUCUUCUGCAGUAGCUUUGAUCUAAUUAGAAUUGCUCACAUGAUCAUAUUUAAAUGGAGAAACUAUUUCCUUUAUGUACUAGUGCAUAUUAUAAUAAUGAAAAUUUCAAAAUAUCAUUAUCAAAAAGUAAGAUAAUACUGUAUUUUUAUUCCUUUAACACAAUCAUGUAUUAAGGAAUGACUUCAUAAACACUGUUGUUUUGUUUCAAACUACAGUCCAUUAAUUGUUUAAAUGUCAAGACCAAAGACUGGGAUUUCUACAAUAUUUAAUUCUAUAACACUGAUGCUUCUACUAAUUGAUUAAAAUAAUGAAGGGACUAAUGAUUAUAACACGAGGUAGUAAAUAUCCUCCUGUGGGAUUCUGAGCAGUAGCCAUUAGUUAAUGCUUUUGUUGUAGAAUAAAAACUCUGUUAGUGUGAUCUACUUAUCUUCUAUACAAACAUAAUAGAUUCCUUGGUCUUCAUAAAACCAGUAUUUAAAGACCAUAUGCCAAAAUGGGCUCAGGAUGGAUUAACUCAGCUGAGUUUAAACCUUCAUUGCUUGCUAAAAAUCUUUGCUAAAUAUCAUUAAUUUGAAAUACUUCUAGAACCAGAGGGCUAUUUUUUUAAGUGUUAAUUGAUGUGACUCCACUCUUUGAGAAAGUCAAUGAAAAACAGGAAAAGAAAUGAGGUAUAAUGAACUGUGAUUCUUUUUGUUUUUCUAGUCUGAAUAUCUCUUUCAUUUGAAUAUUUAUAAAUAAAAACCAAACAGGGUUAAAGAUGUGCAAGGAUAUUCAUUUACAAUGGAGAUAUGUAAUUUGGAGUUUGUUUCCUUAUUUAUACAAUUCUUUAAAUCAGGUCCACUAUUCAUUUAUUUUGUUUUGUAACUUUCAUGUAAAUGUUUUCUUGUAUAUAGAGAUAUAUAAAAAAAUGGAACUAUUUUCUUACAUAUACUAUGCAAUAUGUUUGUAAAAUUGCAAUAUUACCAAAAUUACAAAAGCUGUGCUUUUGUACUCUAUCUUGCUUUAUGUAAAAUCAAUCUUUUUCUAUUUAAAUGGACUGUCUGUCCUAUAAACUGUAGAUAACAUAUCUAUUCAAAAAUCAGUCUAUUGUAUCUUUUGUUUAGUUUGGGGUGGGUUGGGGUAUAUAUUUCUUUUGGGAGAAAAUGCAGCAAAAUUUUGGCAGUUGGAAACUAUUUUUCCUCAGAAAUGAGACUUUUAAAGCAUGCAAUGAGCUCAUAUCAUUUAAAAAUCUCUCCUGUAAUUCUUGUAUUUUGUCCUAAUUUUGGUGCUACUGUGUAACCAUGAUUAAAUGUGAUAGUUAAAACAAACAGAA